AUGGCUUCAACGGUGCCACCACUUGCAGAGCCUAGACAUAUUGAGGUAUUUGCAGCCCUUUCAGAUGGGGUGAUCCAUGACACACCCAUUGACAUCAUCAAGGAAGUAGUUGGUGAUUCUCUAACUGAUGAGGAGAUUGAGGAAUAUGCCAAGACCUUCAAUAGACCCUCGCAAAUCACUGGGUUCAAGGAACGGCUCUUGACUACAAUAAACAGCAAUACCACUGCUGCAACAGGUAAAUUCAUAACCUUGAUGAACAUUUUGGACUCGAGAACAUUUGCUCCACUUUUUACAAACUCGUUGAUCUUGAUCAGAGAUAUGACUUUAGACCAGCGUGAACAAUUGUUGAAAUCUUUCAGAGAUUCUCCAAUAUUUGUAAAAAGAGUAUUAUUCAAAUCUGUGCUUACAUUGACAAUCAACACAUUAUUAGUCUUGGGAAACGAAUUACACUACAAGGCUAUCCGCUACCCUGGAAGAGAGUUGCGUGAAGAAGCAUAUGAAGGCUUUAAAGCUGACCCAUUUAGGUAUGAUAUGUUAUCUAAGCCAGAAUUUGAUAAUGCAAACUUACACUUGACAGACAUUGAUGUUGUUAUAAUUGGAUCCGGUGCUGGUGCUGGGGUAGUUGCGCAUACUUUGGCCAACGACGGUUACAAGAGCUUGGUGUUGGAGAAAGGAAAAUACUACGCACGUUCCAACUUUAACUUCAAUGAUAAGGAAGGUAUAGACUCUCUCUAUCAGAAUAGAGGAAUCUUGACGUCAACAAACCUGCAAAUCUUAUUGCUAGCUGGUUCUAACUUUGGAGGAGGUACCACCGUGAAUUGGUCUGCCAGUCUUAAGACACCUUUUAAAGUAAGAAAAGAAUGGUAUGAUGACUACGGGUUGAAUUUUGCUGCAACUGGCUCGUACGACGAGUGUCUAGGAUAUAUUUGGAAACAGAUGGGUGUUUCAACGGAAGGAAUCAAGCACUCCUAUGCCAAUCAAGUGUUAAUGGAUGGUUGUAAAGCAUUGGACUACCCCGUAAAAGAAAUCGACCAAAACUCUGGUGGCCAUCCUGCUCAUUCAUGUGGAUUUUGUUACUUGGGUUGCAAACAUGGUAUCAAACAAGGAUCUUCCGUCAAUUGGUUUCGUGCAGCUGCUGCAAAUGGAUCUAAGUUUAUGGACCAGGUUAGGGUGGUCAAAAUUUUACAUAAGAAUGGUGUUGCAAGUGGUCUUUUGUGUCAAGAUACGGUUACUGGAAGAAAGUUCAAGAUUACUGGUCCCAAGAAGUUUGUUGUUGCUGGUGGAUCAUUGAAUACGCCUAUUGUUUUGCAAAAUUCCGGCUUCAAAAAUAAAAACAUUGGAAAGAAUUUGAAGUUACAUCCUGGUGUUUCAGUGCUUGGUGAUUUUGGUCGCGAUGUUCAAGCAGAUCAUUGUAAAAAUUCAAUUAUGACCGUAGUGUGCACCAAAGUUGACGAUUUGGAUGGAAAAGCACAUGGUUGUAAAAUUGAAACACUUUUAAAUGCACCAUUUUUUCAAGCUGCCGCUUUGCCAUGGAAAGAUAGCAAGCAAAUUCAACAGGACUUAUUAAGACACAAUCAAUUAUGUGCUAUGGCUUUAAUUUGUCGUGAUACCUCCAGUGGCUCAGUUUAUGGUGAUCCACAAAGACCAGAUGCUUUGUAUGUUGAUUAUAGUAUUAACAAAUUCGACAAGAACAUUCUUUUGCAAGCAAUACUUGUCACAGCAGACAUUUUAUAUGUUGAAGGUGCAGAAAGAAUUUUGAGUCCUCAAGCAUGGGUUCCUAUUUUUGAGACGAAGAAACUGAAGAGAAAUAGAUCUAUUAAAGACAAGGACUUUGUCGAAUGGAAAGAGAAGGUUGCUAAAUUACCAAUCGACAACCAUGCUACUGCACUUGCUUCAGCUCAUCAAAUGUCCAGUUGCAGAAUGUCUGGUAAAGGUCCAAAAUAUGGUGCCUGUGAUACGAAAGGUAAGCUUUUUGAAGCUUCCAACAUUUACAUCGCAGAUGCUAGUUGUAUGCCAACAGCUUCUGGUGUCAAUCCCAUGGUGACCACGAUGAGUUUAGCAAGACAUGUUGGACUUUGUUUGUGCAAUGAUUUGAAAGAAAAAGCUAGGUUUUAG